UUUUCUAAACAAACAAAUUCUUCGAUUAGGUAGUCUGUUUCGUUAUAUUGUAUCUUAAUAUUGAUAUCUUGAGGAUAAGGAUCGAAUCGUCUAUACACGCCCCUGUCACCAUGGCGAAUCAUGCACCUGAACAAGAGGUUAAAGAUCCUGCUUGUGAUCCAAACAACCCGAUCUCAGUCUCUUUCGAGAAGGUUCUACAAGCAAGGGAGGCAAUCAAAGAUGCGAUUGAAGUUACGCCAUGUCGACGUUCCCAGAUGUCUGACCUGUUCAACAUGGAACUUUAUUUCAAGAAAGAAUACACUCAGUACACCGGAAGUUUCAAAGAAAGAGGAGCACGGUUUUGCCUACAGAACCUGCCGUCGGAACAGAAAAAGAAAGGAGUAAUAGCAGCAAGUGCCGGGAACCAUGCUUUGGCAUUAUCUUAUCAUGGUAAACUUCUUGGAAUACCAGUGAACGUUGUCAUGCCAACGAUAGCCCCGCUGAUGAAAAUCACGGCGUGUAAGAAAUAUGGGGCGACAAUAACAAUAGAAGGGCACGACGUUGUCGAGUCAAAAGCUGUUGCUCUUAGAAUGUCUAAAGAAAUGGGAUUAGCGUAUAUAAAUGGAUAUGAUCAUGAAGAUAUAAUAGCUGGACAAGGCACUAUUGGACUUGAAAUAUUAGACCAGGUACCAGACCUGGACGUUUGUAUUAUACCAAUAGGCGGGGGAGGCAUGGUAGCUGGCACCGCUUUGGCUAUCAAAUCAAAGCGUCCAGACGUCAGAAUCAUUGGUGUUGAACCGGAACACUCUCCAAGUUUUCAGGCUUCCAUGAAAGCUGGUCGACCCGUUUAUACAGAGACUACGUCCACGCUUGCAGAUGGGCUUGCUGUUCCGUUUGUUGGAGUGAACGCCUUUGAAACAGUCUUUGCAAAUAAACUUAUUGACAUCAAUGACAUGGUCCUAGUAAAGGAAGAAUUUAUUGAGCGGGCUAUCUUGAGAUGUAUCGAGCUAGAAAAAGCGGUAGUGGAGGGUGCAGGGGGAACAGGAUUGGCAGCAAUACUACAAGGGAUUGUUCCAGGGCUUGAGGGCAAGAAGGUUGUGGUGAUUCUGAGUGGCGGGAAUAUCGACACCACGGUCCUCGAUCGAGUGAUUGAGAGAGCACUAGCUGAAGAUAACAGAUUGGUCAAAUUUCAAGUGUCUGUCAGUGACAGACCUGGCGGGAUAGGAGAGUUGACAAAACUUGUUGGAGAUCUUGGUGUCAGCAUCAAGGACAUUUUCCAAGAAAGACCUUGGGAGAAACAUGACGUGUUUUCUGUGAUGGUAAAAGUGGUGUGUGAAACGCGUGAUGCUGAUCACAGCAAAGAAUUGCACGAUGCCAUCAAGAAAAAAUACCCGAAUAACCAUCUGAUUUGGGGUCAACUAUAUGAUGAUUAACUUCUGUUUAUUUCUGAUGAAUCACUUUUUUUGGAUAAAUGAGAAGGAUACUACUUACAUUCUAACUAAUUAGUUUAGUUUAGUAAUUUGACACAACCAUGUUGUAUGCAAUAUUAGUUUCUAAUAUCCUUUUUGCUUGUUUUGUAACCAGAUUUUGAUAAUAAACAUUAACACAAUACAUGUCAUAAAAUACCACUUAAAAAGGUGAUGUGGUUUGAUAAGAAAGAGAGAAAUAAAGAAUCCCCUAAAGAAUGCACACAACCACAAAAUUGAAGAUGUUGCAUGCUCGAUUUGUUUGAGUCUGUUCAUGAACGGUAAUUUUAAGUGCAAGUUACAUUAAGUUAUAAAAUGUUUAUUUUAUGAUUUUAUGAUUUAUAGAUCUGCUCAGCUGAAAAGUAUUAGAACAAUGUCAUUCAUACUUUGUCAAGGUUAUUCAUUAUUGGAUAUAGUCUACAUUGUUCUCAUUUUAUGGAAGAUAUAGUCAACUGUUAAAGGUCCGUCUGAUGAAGUGAAAAUACUGCUUUGUUACACGUACUUCACAACCAUACACUAUAAAAAUGGAAUUGAUAUUAACAUAAGUUAAUAAAAACAGUUUUAAAAAAAGUUUUACAAAAACAAAAUCAUUAAACUUUACUUUUAAUAAUUCCCAACAAAACUGUCAAUUAUUGUGUUUGUAUAUUAUGCGAUAAAGUCUCUGUACCGCAAACGUUAUAUGGUCUUAUAUGAAAAACCUGAGUCUCAAAUGAAGAAUAAUCAAUUUCAUUAGGCAAAAUCAUGUCUUACUAAGAUGAAACAGAAUUUAACAAUUAAUUUAUAAACAAAGGGAGGCAAUUAGAAAUAUAUUUUUGAUAAAAUCAUGGCCAAAUUUUUAAUACCGAACAUAGAUAAAUUAUUUAUUUAUUAUUUGUUAUAAUUUUAAUGCAUAUAGAAUUAUUGUGUAAAUGAAACAAAUUAUUGGAUGUUUUAAAAAUGUGUUAGAAAAAAACGUGUAUAUAAUCUCAGUUAACUGUAUGUUACGUCCUUAAUUUCAACAUACAGGAUAUUAAAAGAUACAUGUAUUCUGAUUUAAUUUGGAAUAAUUUGUUUGCUAGUCUGAGAAAUAAAACUGAAUAUCUUA